AGAAGCGAAGUUGUUGUCUGUACAUGGGCGUAACUUAAACUUGAGUCAUGAAAUGCUGUAACGAUACACAGGAUCUCCAUUUAACGUCCCAUAAAAAGGCGUCCUUUGGAGAAGCUAGACAGUCAUUUUCGCUCAAGUAGAGUGAGGAAUUAGGAGUAUCCCUUGGACAGUACAGAUGAUCAAAAACUAGAUCAGAAUGCCCUCCAGUGUUUAAUUACAGGUGCUAUAAUUAUCCAGAGGUACACGUAUGUCUUGGUUCUGUAAAGGACCAAUCAUAAAAACACACGUAGCGUGGAUGUGUCCGCAGGCUCUGGUUGAUUUGCUGCGUGUGUGACUGAUACUGGACCCAUCACAUGUUACAUGCAUCAACACCUCUUAAGUAAUAUAACGGAAAAAAAGCUUCACAAUGCAUCGAGUCAACGAAAUUGAUUUGUGGUUCAUUGUGAAAUUGUGUAUAGCUACAUGUACAUGUUUUUACCCUCCUACACAGCAGUACAGAGCCUCACCCAAGGUCUAUACAAUACAUUUGUCUGUUUAUAUCAUGAUAUAUUUUGUUUGAGUUUUGUUAUGAGAAAAUACAGCACUUUGGUACAUACAACUUGUACAUACAUGUUUUCAUGAUAUGGGGGGAUGAGAAACAAUUAAGAAAGUAUUAAUAAAAAAAAUAAUUUUAGCGUGAGCCUGACUGAUACAAUCAUAGUAUACAACCUGCAAUAAAACUUAUUACCAAAAUAAGUCAUUUUGUUAAACUUUGGUUCCUCCCCUAGUCAGCAAGUGGAUCAUCCCUGAGUUGUCUGCUAAUCAAUGGAUUGUGCAGACUUAGUGUUAGCCAAGUUGUCUCUGUGCAACCGUUCUAGCUAGCUGUGCUUCUUUGUCGUCGUUCCUGGGCUGAAGUUUGCGACUUGCGAUGAUCAUAGAAGAGUUUGAACCUUCGAACUUGUUCCUAAGACACCCGGACAGAAGCGUGUUCUAUUCUUCAGCAUGGUCGCAAAGAUUCCUGAUCCCGUUCCUGGUCUACCGGAUAACGAUGGCGUUGUUCACCCUCUUCAUCUUGAUCUAUUCCUUCGGAGAUUACAUCGUGACCGACUACGGGGCGGACUGGUUCUUUAUCUACGCUACGAACUGGACUUUUAUCAUCCAGACGGUUUAUUACAACAUGGCCGCUGUAGUGACAGCGCUCGCGUGUUUUAAUAUCGGAACCCGUCCUGACGAGAUAGCCAACAGCGUGCGUCGAAGACGAGAGCUCACAACUUCUCAAAGAACGACAACAUUUUUGCUAGGAGAGAACGGAAACCUGGCAGAUAUGGAGUCAGAUAGUGAAGAAGAGGACAAUCUGAAGGUAGAAGUGUCUGGAGCGCCGCCUGACGAUCUUCUAUGGUAUCACAAGACGAUGUGGGUGUUGUAUAACGUCAUGGCACCGAUUGCUCUCCUGAUCACGUUCUCGAGAAGUCUCGCGAUGGGACUGCAUAAGUCGUUGCAAUGGAUCGCCAGCGACCUUGACCCAAUGACAGAUAUUCUGCACCAUUUGUGCAACGGCGGAAUCGUUUUGGUCGACAUCUUUGUCAGCGGAACACCAACCAGAAUCCUACACGUGAUUCACCCAUUCGCCUACUCCUGUGUUUAUAACGCGUUCCUCGUUAUCUACUGGGUGUCCGGAGGUUUUGGCAUCACGGGAACACGUUGGGUCUACCCUAUGAUUGACUUCUCGGACGAUAGGUGGCGCCCUUCGGUGGUCUUCGUGUAUGCUGGUCUGUUCGUGGUGGUGCCGGUUUUCCACCUGCUGGUGUUCGGACUGUACAAGCUAAGGUGCGCCAUCGUGCGGUGCGUUUUCGGAACUGCACCGGAAGCGUCGAAAGGGACAAGGUUGUUGUCCGAGUGAUAAAGUUGCUAACAACAGUGUUAUGCUUUUGAGUGAUGAACCAACAAACAAUAGUGUUAUGUUUUUGAGUGAUUAACUAACAAACAAGUGUUAUGUUCUUGAACAGGGUAAAAAUUUCAGGUGAAGGAAGUGGUAGUUGCAGUGAAAAAUCAACCUAAUCUAGAUAUUUGAGACGUUUCAAAGGACCAUUAUAAAACAAUGCAAAUAUAAUAGUUAAGUAUACUGAAUGUAUUAAUAUUUACUCAGGGACUACGUAA